UUUACAGAAUCUUGUUAUUCUUCUGUCAAGAGGUAAAAGAGCCUUCAUUGUAACUUCAUUACUUAUAUAAAACCAAACAAGACCGAGAUUACCGAUGAGCUUUUGUCCUUUGAUGUAAAAAUAUAUGAAUUCAACAAAGAUAGUUUAGAUGACAGAAGGGGUUGACCCAAUGACCGCUGGUGUAUCCCUAAACUAUGUCUAAAGACGUAUCGCGUACAGAAUUGGACUGAGURUCAGGCACUUUGCCAGCACCAAGAAACAAUAGCAAUUUGAAGGCAAUCGGUCUACAGAUCUCACAGUUAAACAGUUCCCGAUUUCCAGCAGCUAGUGGUAGCUAAUCCCCACCAAGGUGUAAUGAUGUUAKCUAUCAUACUUCUCUCUGUUCAGAUUCUGUGUCAAGUCUUGGGGUCGAACGCAGGUUUUAACUGUACUAGUGAUGGGUAUUUUCCUGAUCCUACCGACGUCCAUAAAUUCUAUCAAUGCAGUGGUGGUUUUGCGUCGAAUCAUACUUGCCCUGGUGGUAAAGUGUUUGAYGCUAAGAGCAAAUUCUGUGAAGUUAAACCUACAGUUAUUUCAUCAGUUCCUACUACAACUUUCAUUCCCUCGACGAUAAGUUCUACUGACACAACGCAGGCUGAAAUUACCACUAAACCUACUGAAACUACAACCACACAGCCACAUCCAGGUCCCACAAAAUUUCACUGCAUGCGUAACACCCUGUCAUCAAUGGUACGCUGCUUCAAGAAUGAAUCAAAUGCCUGGAAAAGAUACUUGACCAGUUCCUCUGGUAACGUGGAAGAAAUAGUCGAGGGCGCAGUGAACAGCACUGAUAAGAUCUUCGACACCUUCCAAGAACAGCGGAAUUCAUCUAAAUGGUUCAACCCSUUUGACGUACUGAAUAUCUUGGACGACAUUGGUCGAUACAUCGCAMUCAAAACCAACAAAACUGUCACAGCAACCAAUGAAAAGAUGCACAUGGAGGUUACAACUAUUAAGCCACCUUAUCGCUUUCCUGAUUAUUCCCACAAUUYAUUUCCAUCAAAGAACUGGAAAGAURUCAAUGACGUCAUUAUCCUACCAAAAGGAAUGUUUCCUAACUCAACCAUCRAAUACCGUGCUGUUAGUAUGCUUUACCUUAAUCUAAAAGACAAGCUAUCAACCGCUGUCUAUGAAACCAAUAACAGUCACGUCAUCAAUAGUCACGUGUUGUCRUCAUUUGUGAUCCCGGAUGUCACGCCACCUUUCAAUAGUAACGUCAUCAUUGUCAUGAAGCAUCUGAAAGUUCUUGAUAAAARUGAAUACAGCGUUUGUGCUUUUUGGGAUUUCUCCAUUCCAUCUGCGAGAGGUAUGGGGGUGUGGUCUCGGCGUGGUUGUCACGUGGUCAGCGAGCUGUCCAAUAACACAUACACCACGUGUAGUUGUAAUCAUCUUACAAAUUUCGCCAUUCUUAUGGGUUCUGAAGAUGUGAAGAUGACCAAGGUUAAUAAGUUUGCGUUAAGUGUCAUUACGUAUGUGGGCUGUGCGUUGUCGUUAUUUGGUUCCGUGGCCGCCAUUGGAGUACUUCUCGUUCUUACGAAAGGUCUGCAUACAGAUCGCAAUUUAAUUCACUGCAAUUUGCUUAUAUCCAUUGCAAUAUCACAGACAGUGUUUUUAGCAGGCGUGGAACAUACCGAAGACAAGACAAGUUGCAAGUUAACAGCAAUAUUACUGCAUUAUUUCUAUCUGGUAUCGUUUGCCUGGAUGUUGUGUGAAGGUCUUCAUCUGUAUGCAAUGGUUAUCAAAGUCUUUAACCUUACAUCAAGAGUCUAUCAUUAUGUUGCUUUCUCUUGGGGAACUCCUUUGAUCAUUGUUCUUAUUACAGUACUCAGUCGAUUUAAAGAGUAUGGAACACCAACCAGUUGUUGGAUAUCCUCAGAAUACUACACACAAUUAGCCUUCAUAUUGCCCAUCACUGUAAUUCUUAUGGUUAACAUGUUUAUUUUUUUCCUUGAUUGUCUGCCCUGUCCAAAGCUAUAUAGCUGUACAUUUAUCCAAGUCUGCUUGUAUUCAUUUAUUGGUUUUGUGAAUAUUAUUAACUUCAGCUGUAUUAUCUUUCAGGGCUUCUUUAUUUUUGUACUCCAUUGCUUAUUCAAUUCUGAGAUUCGAAAGAACUUCAAACGCAAGAAAGAAGUAUGGAAGUCGCUGAGGAUUUUUGAGGACUUUAGAAGACGAGUUACUGUAUCUAUUAUACCUAUCAGAGUACCUGUAACAAAACAAAGUACAUCAAGUAAUGAGAGAGCAGAGACAUUUGAGAAAUCUGCGUCUUGAAGAUUGCUGUAGUCUGAGACCCUAGAAAUUUUAAUAUGGCUWCAUGUAGAUAUAGAUAUAGAUGAAAAUCGAUAUUCUCAGAGAGCAUUCUCUCAGAACAACAAGCAUUGUAAAUAUUUAUUUGAGUGAUGAUGCGAGUGCUCGGAAAACAUGGCAAUUAGAUUAAUAGUCAGACAGAGUAUAUAGUUUUAUUGUUUUCUUGUGUAUAGUUCUAUAACAUUCUGCUUCCUAGAUAUAUUGCCUUUACUAUUAGUUUAAGGCCCAGUAUUGCACCCUUGAUGCUUCAAUACGCACCUGAUAUUAUUUGGUGUUUCAAAAAAUUAUUAUAUUUAUAAUAUAUUAUGUAUUAUAUGGCUAAACUUCACCAAUCAGAAACAAGCACUUCCUUUUGAAUCAAAAAUAAACGGUCGCAAAGCAUUCAGGGUGAUCAGUGGGUUUUUAAAUGCAAUAGCUCUAUCACAAUCUGUCUACAAUUAACUCACAAAUCGUUAAAGACAUUGUAGCAUCUUAAUUGCAUAAUUAAGAAUAAUUAGUAAAAAUAGAAGAUUUGAUAGAAUUUUGUAAUAAAUUGUCCAUAGAUCAAAGAUGUGUAUUUUUUCUUCU